ACCAAACAUGGCGGGCCAUCACAAUGCCAACCUUCUAAGUUCGGAUAUAUCUCGUCGCAAUCCUCAGGAUGAAUAUGAACUCAUACAGAAAAUCGGUUCGGGUACAUAUGGCGAUGUAUAUAAGGCGAAACGUAUACAGAGCAAUGAAUUGGCCGCCAUAAAAGUCAUCAAAUUGGAACCCACAGACGAUAUACAAAUCAUUCAGCAGGAAAUUAUUAUGAUGCGGGAUUGCCGCCAUCCGAACAUAAUUGCCUAUUAUGGUUCAUAUUUACGACGUGACAAAUUGUGGAUUUGCAUGGAAUAUUGUGGUGGUGGCAGUCUGCAAGACAUUUAUCAGGUAACCGGUCCACUAACCGAACAACAAAUCGCCUAUAUGUGCCGUGAAACAUUAAAAGGUUUAGAGUACCUGCAUUCCAUGGGUAAAAUGCAUCGAGAUAUUAAAGGUGCCAAUAUCCUACUGACGGAGUAUGGUGAUGUGAAACUGGCGGAUUUUGGUGUAUCGGCUCAAAUAACAGCAACAAUUAAUAAACGAAAAAGUUUUAUAG